AUGGAUCCGGUGUCCGCCUUUGGCCUGUUCGCAAGUGCGAUACAGGUGCUGCAAGCGGUCGCAUCAACGGCCAGCGGCCUGCGCGAACUGGCAGAAAAGCUACAAGGUGCCAGCUUCAGCAUUCACUGCCUGAUCCAGGAGUUGUGUUGCAUAAAAGCAGCUCUCACCAGUCUGAAGGAAUGGCUUCGGAUCCAUCGAAGUGGCGAUCACGGACAGCAGUUUGCAGUACUUGAUGCCGACUUAGCAGUGGCCAUUGAUGGCUGCCAUGGGGUUAUGCAGGCCUUGCACGAGGAGGUUUUUGAUUUGGUGCAAAAUGUCGAGGAGACUGGUACGUUUGGGUUUACCACCAAGAUGAAAGUGGUUUGGAAAGACGCAACUAUACGGUCGCAUAAAGAGAGAUUGCAGGAUCAUGUUCGGGCACUCCAGAUUCUGGUUAAUGCCUGCCAAUGUCAUUCGCUGGCCGAGCAGAAUGAGUUGUUGAGAAGAGCGACCACCCGUCAGCUUAUUGAGAAGGUGGCUAGUGAUGCUGCUACUCUUAGGUCGGUUGGUCUUAGCCGGGCACCUUCUGAAGUAGAUGACAUGUCGGAGAGCAGCAGUCGUGUUGCACUCAGUAAUCGAACCCUCGACUUUAACGAAACCCUCAUCCAUACACCAGUAUAUCAACGUGCACUAAGCCAAUGGCCAGCUUCAACCGUGAACCUUGACCGCGAACCCUCCAUCUCCCCUCGCCAACCCGAAAUUAGCAUCACUCAAAGCCCCUCGGUCGACGAAGGUUACGAUAGUUUUCAUUCUGGAUCGGCCGGGUGGAGUCCUCCCCCAGUCCCUGGCUUCGGACAGCCAUUCAAUCUUCUUCCUAUACCAAAUACUCCACCUAUACCGACACACAGCCGAAGUUUCUCGCAAACACAAAUACCCCAGCGACCGAGCCCGGUCGGCAUACGACGUAAUGCCUCAGACUCGAAAGUCCUUCCUCAAAGACAGCCAUCCUCAUCAUGGAAGAAUAAAAUAAGCAAUUCGCUGGGCCGAAUCAAUACGAAAAGUCGAAUGAGUCUUAGGAGCACAUCGGCGAAGUCUCCCAGCUCAGCGGUCAGUCCAAAUACCCGCGAGAGAUGGCAUCGCUUCCGAUCGAAUCUUCUUACCAGCAUUGAUAUCGCCAGAAGCAGUUCUCCAGUGUCCAUAUUUAUCAGAGCAGCACAGAGCGGGACAUUGGAGGAGGUCGAGGGUCUCAUCGAGCGGGGAUGCGACAUUGAAGAGCGCCAUGCCGAAUCGGGCCGCAAUGCGCUACUCGUCGCUGCGCAUUGUGGGAGGGAGGAUAUUGUUGAUCUACUAAUCAGUCGUGGCGCUCGAAUAAACGUCAAAGAUGGGUCGGGGGAGACUGCGCUUCAUUUAGCCGCUUCACGUGGCCACUGGGAGGUCAUAGGAAUUCUCAUGGAAGAAAAGAGGCUUAUUGAAACCCCGAAUCUGAAAGGAAGAACUGCUCUGCGCGUAGCAGCUGAAUGUGGGGAGAGAGAAUCUGUCCAGAUCCUCCUUGACAACAACGCGCAAGUUAAUGUGCGAGCGGAGAACGAGAUGACUGCUCUCCAUGCAGUAGCGAAGCGGGGGAACUCGGAAAUAUUGCAACUUCUUGUCGAGUAUGGAGCUGAUACGCAGGCCAAUGAUGGCUUUAUGAUGACACCACUGCACUAUGCCUGUCUAGAAGGGCAUCUUGAAGCGGUGAAAGCUCUACUGAUUCGCAACGCUGACAUCGAGGCUCAAGGGAGAGAUCGAAAGACGCCAUUGAUUUGCGCAGCGGAGGCGGGAAAGACCCAGGUGGUGGAGUAUUUGCUCCUCAAAAAGAAGGCUUCAUUGCGUAGUGUUGAUGAUAGUGGAAGAACAGCGUUGCAUUGGGCAGCACAUAACGGCCAUGAAAAUGCAGUUCGAUUGCUCAGCGAUCGACGAGGAUCCCUCGAUAUGAUCGAUAGCGAGGGCCUGACCGCUCUACACCUGGCUGUGAUGCAAUCUCAGUACCCUGUCGUUGACUUCUUUCUACAGCGCAGGGGGGCACCUCUCGACAAGAGAUGCAACAGAGGUCGCACAGCUCUUCACUUCGCUUGUCUGGCGAACAGCCACAUGAUUACUCGACGACUGCUUUUGUCUGGUGCGGACAUCGAAGCCCCGGAAUCCGAACACGCUGCCAGAGCCCUUCACAUAAGCGCCGCUCAAGGGUCAAUGCAACUAUUGGAUUUGUUAUGUGAAAAGGGGGCGAAUCUAAGUGCUCGAAAUGGAGUGGGAGAUCGUCCCCUGUGUGUCGCUAGUCGUUCUGGGAAUGCGGAAGCCGUCCAAAGAUUACUAGAUCACGGAUCACCUCUCACAUGCAAAUUCGAUUCCGGAUCUCGGGAGGACUCACCUCUGUGUCUUGCUGCAAUGGGUGGACAUUGGGAAGCAGCCGCCGUACUUCUACGAAAUGGCGCAUCGGCUCUCAAAAAGGACGAAGCUGGCUGGCAACCAAUCCGCUACGCCGCGUACCAUGGCCACCACGAUGUUUUGGAAUUGCUUCUAACCAGCACGAAUUUUUCAGACCCAGUGAAGCCCGAAGUCAUUCGGAUGUCUGAGAAACUGGGCUUUUCAACCGAUGUCCCGUUGUCCACACAAAAUCGAAUUCAGGACCUUUUGCAACGUUCCUAUCCGGUCGCAUCAUCUGCCAGGCCACAACCUCCUAUCUCGCCUGGAACACCAGUUGUGACCCGAUCACAACCUCCUGUCAUUGUACAGCCGCCAAGUAUUCCUGCUACAUUUGAAGGUGAAGCACAGCAAAUCUGGUCUACAGAAGGGCAAGUUGAUAUAAAUUGGCCUGGACGCAUGUAUGACCAAUAUUCCAGCGCACAUAAUCGCGGUCCAGUCUCCACUUCUGCCGCUAUGGCUCCCGAUGGAUACAACCCUCCAGGUCGUUAUUCGGUCAUCAGUGAUAUAGUACCUGCCACGGUUGAGUCCGGAGGAGGCCCAUUAUAUGAGAUGCAUGAUAGUUCCCCCGUUGAGCUUCCUACUUCAUUUAACACCGGCUCAACUCCUUCGGAAAACAACAAUCGCCAAACCAGUACAAUGCCGUUUCACCCACGUACAAUAUUUCCAGAUAUUGAUUCUGUGUUAUCGUCAUAA